AUGUAGGAGGCCUUGGAUGGUGAGCAAAAACAAUUGAUCAAGAAGUUGGUCAACUUUCGCAUGAAAGAAGGUAAAAGAACAAAAGUUCGUACUAUUGUUUAUCAAACUUUUCAUCGCCCAGCUCAAACUGAACGCAAUAUAAUCAAACUUAUGGUUGACACCGUAGAGAAUAUAAAGCCCAUAUGCGAAGUGGAAAAAGUAGGAGUGGCAGGUAUUAUUUAUGAUGUCCCUGGUAUUGUAGCCAGGGAUCGUCAACAAACCUUAGCUAUUUAUGACUUCUUCUGA